GGUAUUUCAGUAAUUUAGCCUCGUCUUCUUCUUCACUUGUUCGUUCUGAUUUCGUCGAGGACAAGACAGAAGAAGGGGAAGCUAUGAAAGAAGGGAAGAAGAAGAAGCCAGAGACCUCCAUUGGCGAGUCGAUAUCAGCUUUGGGGGCUGUUUUUGUUUAUUUGAUUACUGGGUUAUUUUUAGCCGUCGGAUUCUGGGUGGUCCGUGACAAGUACUCCGUCGAUCUCAUAUCUGAUCCAUCUCUCACUCUGCGUCUCCUAUGGAUGAUUGAGUUCCCGAUCGUGGUAAUCAUCUUCAGCUUGUUCAGAAGUAACCCAAAGAAAUGCUCGUACUUUAGAGCUGUUGGGCGAAGCAUAGUUGGACUAAUUUCCGGGGCUAUCAUAAAUGCUUUGGGAGCAGUUUCUUUGGGUGCACCUAUUGGGCUGCAAUCUCUACCAAAAACAAUUCACUGGUCCUUUCUAAUCUCUGUUUUCACGGUUGUACCAGCGACUGCUGUUUUUGGUGCAUCAUGGACAAAUUGGCAUCGUGUCUUCGCCUCACUAAAACCAACCGGGAAUAUAGAAUAUAUGAUCUUGACUCCAGCAUAUGGAGCAAUUAUUGGAGGAUGGUUUGGAGCUUGGCCUAUGCCACUUGACUGGGAAAGGCCAUGGCAGGAGUGGCCGAUUUGUGUGUGUUAUGGAGCUAUAGGAGGCUACGUUGUUGGACAAAUUGUCUCCUUGAGCUUGAUGAUUUUUCUCAGGAAACACAAGAAUUUGAAGCUAGCCUAGAAUUGGUCAAUCGCUCUGGAUCAGCAGAAUGAGUUUCUUUUUGUUUUUUUGACUUGAUUGCUAGAUUGAGAGAUAACAAUAGGGCAAGGUUUUUUUGUUAGCUUGAACACAAUUUCUUAUUUUCCACAUAGAAUCAAGUGUUCAUAAUUUGCAAACAGCUAACGUCAACCAACGAUCACAGACUUGAGAGACACUCUUUUCAUUCAAACAUACUUUGGUAAAAUGCAAAUGAGAAGCCUAUGUAUCCA